UCGUAGCUGUAACAACGUCGCUCGCCUCAACGCUCGUGAGCUGCCGCAGCCGCUCGUUGUCUCGCUGUCGUUGUCUCAACAAUUGCAGACCCCAUCAGAACCGUCUUGCAACCGGAUCACAUCUGGCGUCCGACUCUCUUAUCGCGCCACGCGUUCGCGCCCCGUUCGUUUUGAUAAGCAGCACCGCCUGCGAGUUUUUAGCGUCGGCAAAAAGAAAAAACCAAAACAAAAAAUCAUACAAAUUUAACAACAAAUAAUCUAUACAAGAAGGAAAUAAAAUUCGAUGCGUUACCUGUGAACAAUUUUCAAAAUUUCGCAUGUGUUAAUCAAUAAGGAAAAGUGUUGAAAUUAUCAUACUCAUAUUUAUAGUCAGAUGCUCGCGCAAUCUUUUAUGCAAUUAAUUUGCAUGCAUUUAGUGUUAUUUGCUGGGCGCUUGACAAACUGAUCAAGUCGUCAAAACAUUUCGGUCGUCCAGCAAACUGGUGAUCUAAAUUCAUAGAUCAUCUAAGACGCCAAAAAGCUGGCGGAAUAAUUAUUUUUGUUCAAAAGACUUGGAUUAAAAAUCGCCAAAAUUGUGGAGGCAAUUAAAAUGAAGACUGAGCUGCGUUCCUGCGCAGCGUGCGGCGAACCAAUCUCGGAUCGAUUUUUUCUCGAGGUUGGCGGCUGCUCGUGGCACGCGCAUUGCCUCCGAUGUUGCAUGUGCAUGUGCCCGCUGGAUCGCCAACAGUCGUGCUUCAUCCGAGAACGGCAGGUCUACUGCAAGGCCGAUUACAGCAAAAGUUUUGGCGCCAAGUGCUCAAAAUGCUGUCGCAGCAUCUCCGCCUCCGACUGGGUGAGACGAGCCCGCGAUUUGGUCUUCCAUUUGGCGUGCUUUGCCUGCGAUCAGUGUGGACGCCAGUUGUCCACUGGCGAACAGUUUGCGCUCAUGGAUGACCGUGUGCUCUGCAAGGCUCAUUAUCUUGAAACGGUCGAGGGUGGCACCACAUCAAGUGACGAUGGCUGUGAUGGUGAUGGUUAUCACAAGAGUAAAACGAAACGCGUGCGCACCACAUUCACAGAGGAGCAAUUGCAAGUGCUGCAGGCCAACUUUCAGAUUGACAGUAAUCCGGAUGGUCAGGAUUUGGAGCGGAUUGCAUCGGUGACCGGUCUGAGCAAGCGUGUGACGCAAGUUUGGUUUCAGAAUUCGCGGGCGCGACAGAAAAAACACAUACAUGCUGGUAAGAAUAAAAUACGCGAACCGGAAGGAAGCUCAUUUGCGCGUCAUAUUAACCUGCAGUUAACGUACUCAUUUCAGAAUAACGCACAGAAUCCCAUGCAUAUGAAUGGCACCAAAGGUGCUCUAUAUCCAGCGCAUGAAUCCUCGAUGGAUGAGCUGUCGCAAGACUCGAGUGUUCACUGUAUGCCCAGCGAGGUGUGACUGCAGCAGUCCUCGCCAGCGCAUGCUCAUCGCUGAUCAUUAAUGAUCAUCUGUAUAGCAUUGAAGCCAAUCGCUGGCAGCUUGGGGGCUGCAACAUGAGCAACAAACAAACAAAAACAAAAAAACAAAACACACACAAAAAAUGCAAAAGAAAAACGUCCUUUCCUAGUCAAAAUUUUAUGUAAAGCGCAAGGCUCAUAUGAAAUGAAAAACAUAAAACUAAAACAACUAAAAAAAACAAAAACAAGAAGCACAACUGGAGUACAGACAGUGAAAAAGUCGUUAAAGUACUAUAACGAGUAUUUGAAGCAUAAUCAAAGUCCAUCAACUACUUACCACAGCUACAGAUGCUAUGAGCAUCGGGAAAACUCAAACCCAGUCCAAAAUAGAGUCGGCAACAUUCCAACACACACACACACACACAUUCAUACACACAUCUCAGAAUAUAUAUAUAGACACUCACACAAACACACACACAUUCCUGCAUAGCCUAUAAAAACCUAAGCAUAGUUUAGUUAAUUUAAUUUAAAUGAAAUUUAAAUUUAAUUUAGUUUAAUGCCUAAUUGUUAAGUGUUUUUGCAUCUACGUAUGUAUAUCUCUAUUUAACUAUCUCUAUCUCCAUCUCUCGUUCGCUUCAACCUUUGAUUUAGUUGUUAGGUAAAAAACGAGUAAAACUGCAGCUGCUUGCCAAGGCUUUUGUAAAAUAUAUUUAUAUGCCUAUCGUAU